UAACGUGUAUGUAGGUACACUUUGUUAACCUUUGACAUAAACAAAAAUGGCUUUGUUGAUGUCUCUCUUCUUUCUUUGCAUCAUCUCAUCUAGCUUAACGUCAUACUCUCAAGCAUCUUCUAGUACUCCAUAUCUUGAUGGUCUACUUGCAAAUGGAAACUUUGAACUAGGACCAGAAGCAUCAAACAUCCAGAAAACAGUGAUCAUAGGAAAGUAUUCUUUACCAAAAUGGGAAAUCUCCGGUUUGGUGGAGUACGUCUCUGGUGGGCCCCAACCGGGUGGGUUCUACUUUGCGAUCCCUCGUGGGGCCCAUGCAGCAAGGCUUGGGAAUGAAGCCUCUAUAUCACAAGUUGUUGAUGUGAAGGUUGGGUCAACCUACUCACUCACAUUUUCUGCAACAAGAACUUGUGCUCAAGAUGAGGUGCUACGGGUUUCGGCUUCGGGUAAGUCUGGUGACCUUCCCAUUCAAACUUUGUAUAGCACCGAUGGCGGAGAUACGUAUGCUUUUGCAUUCAUGGCUACUUAUAGGAGAGUGAAGGUCGUUUUUCAUAAUCCUGGUGUUCAAGAGGAUCCGGCUUGUGGACCUCUUUUGGAUGCCAUUGCAAUCAAAGAAAUGGUUCCUCUAAGAUAUACCGAAGGAAAUUUGGUGAAAAAUGGCGGAUUUGAGAUCGGGCCUCAUGUGUUCAAGAACUUCUCAACAGGAGUCCUCCUCCUUCCCAAAAUACACGACAUAGUUUCACCGCUCCCCGGGUGGAUAAUCGAGUCACUGAAACCAGCGAAAUACAUAGACUCAAAGCACUUUCAAGUACCCGAAGGCCUAGUUGCCAUCGAGUUGGUUGGGGGUAGAGAAACUGCAAUCGCCCAAAUCAUUCGCACCAUCCCAAACAAACUGUACAGACUAUCAUUCACCAUUGGAGACGCCAAGAACGCGUGUCAUGGAUCGAUGAUGGUGGAGGCUUUCGCGGCAAAGGAAACCUUGAAAGUUAAAUAUGAGUCUACCGGGAAAGGCGGGUUUAAAACAGCAAGCUUUGAGUUUGAAGCCAUUUCAAACAGAACAAGACUUACAUUCUACAGUGCCUUUUACCAUACAAAGGUUAAUGACUAUGGUCACUUUUGUGGUCCUGUCUUGGAUGAUGUUAAGGUUUUUCCUGUUCGUCAUUAAACACUUGGAAAUUUUAAAAGACAUUUUCUUUGAAGCUAGAUUGCAACCAACAAUGAUGUAACCUGAAAAAAGAUUUGAGCUUUUUAUUGGUCAAAGUUGUUUUGAAUAAACUGUAUGUUGUUUCUUAA